UUUGUUCUUUCUCAUUUUUAUCUUAAUUUUAGUUAGUAUUGCUAGAUUAGUACAGUUAGCAUAGUCAGUAUUGUUGGUAUAGUUAGCGUACUUGGUAUAGUUAAUACUUUAUUAGCAUAGUGUAGUUAGUAGUAGUUAGCGCUGUUGGCACAGUUAGCAUAGUUAGCGUUGUUAGUUAGGAUAGUUAGCAUUGCUAGUUAGUGCUGUCAGUCAGUGUAGUUAGGUCACGAGAGGAUGCAGGGCCUCACAGCCAACUGUGCUGACAAGGAGGCUCAUAUUGAUGAUUAUGAGAUCCUCCACACCAUUGGCGAAGGCAGCUUUGCUAAAGUGAAGCUGGCCUGGCACAUUCUGACCGGGACACAGGUGGCUGUGAAGGUCAUUAAAAAGAGGCGUCGGAGCUUCUCAACUUUCCAGCAGCUACUUUUCUGGGAAGUGCACAGUAUGAAGGCUCUGAAUCACCCCAAUAUUGUAAAACUGCUGGGGGUGAUUGACACGGAGGAGACAAUGUUCUUAAUAAUGGAGUACCUCAGUGGUGGGGACAUGUACACCUACUUAAACAUACAUGGCCGUAUGACAGAGGCACAAGCCUGAGGCCCAUUCCAGCAGCUGGUCUCUGCUCUGCAACACUCCCACCAGAGGGGUAUCGUGCACCGGGACCUGAAGCCACCGAACCUCCUCUUUGAUGCCAACAUGAAUAUAAAACUUACAGACUUUGGCCACAGCAACAAGUGUGAUGACAGUGGGAAACUGGACACGCUCUGCGGCACACUCGCGUAUGCUGCCCCGGAACUCUUGCUGGGGCAGAGCUACAGCGGCCCUGCGGUGGACGUGUGGAGCCUGGGAGUAGUGCUCUACAACCUGGUAACUGGGUCCAGGCCCUUUGUGGGAAAAGACUUGCGGGAGCUGCGGAAGCAAAUCUUAAAAGGGCAAUACCCCAUCCCAACCUACCUGUCUUUGGAGAUAAGGAGUCUAUUACAAAAAAUGAUCUCCCUCAACCCCAGUGACACAGGCACCUUACCUGACCUCAUGAGGCACCCAUGGGUGAACACGGGCCAGAAGAAGCCACUCCAGCCACCCUGUGAAGAGGACCUGGAGGUGACAGUGAGGAGGAUUCUGGACUCGAUGUGGGAUGAGAUCCAGGAUGGAGGAGAAGGCAGUGUGAGCUCCAAGAAACCAAUGGUGGGGUCCUGCAUCAUAGCUGCAGGGCCCUUGUCUUCCGGGGACCUCAGUGGCAAUGAACUCGAGCCUUUUCCAAGCCCUGAGUUGUCCACCCUGGAAACCAGGCGGCUCCACCAGGGAGAAAAUAUGCAACAGAAGGAAGACCAGCAGGCAGCGCAGAAGACCAGUGAGCCUGCCUGUCCCCCACCCAGCCUGGAGUCGAGGACUGCCACCCCCAGCCCAGCCCACCAGCGUGGCCCUGGGGCAUCCCCAUCCACCAGCAGCAGGACUGGAGCCCCAGAGGGAACCAGCUUCCCCCUGCGUGUGUCCAAAAGUGGAAGGUCCUCCCACACUGCGCAGUCCGAGUGUAUGUCCUCAUCCAUUCCCUCUGGCCACAGCCAGAAAAAGCAAGGGGUGGCUGGGAGAAUCUGGAACUUUUUAGCAAGGCAUCUUGGUGGUUGUUGCAAGCUGCGCAGCAAGAGGCGUCGUAAUAAAGUGAGCCCAUCUGAACCCUAUGGUGACCGAGGCAGGAAGGUCAGGCCGCCGCGCUCCCUGGGACCCGGUCCAGUGGAAGAAUUGGGGCUGUGCAUUUUCCAGUUAGACAAGUGUGUAACCAUGUAG